AUGGACACACCGACAGAGACGGGCGCUGUGGUGCAGGAAUCUGAGCAGGUCCGUCUCGGAGCUGGACUCGAUCCUCGCCUCAUCGACGAGUACGACGGGAGCGGCGACGUCGUCGAAUGGCACACGCAGGCGUCACUGCUCUCAACGGCGACACGAGACGCCUUGUUUAAGGCGUUCGCCAUGGACGACUUCGCGGCUCACACAGCAUUCGUCGCACGUCGGCUAGAGCCGGGAGAGAGCGCUGAUGUCUUCCUGGCGAGUCUGCGCCGCUAUGCUGCCCUGUUCGGCGGCGUGACGGACCGACAGCUGGUAGCUGCCUUCGUCAACGGUCUGCCGGCGUCCGUGGCGGACACAAUCCGAGCAGGAACCAGGUCAGAGCAACUCAGUCUGGAGAGCACAGUCGCCCGCGCGCGGGCGGUGCUUGGGCUGGCGCUGGAUGCAGCAGACUUCUCGGCCCGGUUCGAGGCACGAACUGGAGAGUGGACGGUGGCAUGGAAGUGGGCAGACGGGGAAGGCCCGGAGUAUCUGCAGAACCAGGUCGCCCAGUAUGCCGUGCCGCCGGAAGCUCGAUCAGCAUAUGACGCCGAGCUGGAGCUGUGGAUCCGGGAAGGAUGGCUGCAGCCGUACGACGAGCGGGUGGAUGGCCCAGUCCGAGGUUUAAUCCCUCUGAUGGCGGUCCCGCAGCCAAAUCAGGACAAGGUGAGGCCUGUCCUGGACUACCGUGAGCUGAAUGGUCACAUAAUCGCACACACUGCAGAUGCGGACGUUUGCGCCGAUCAGCUUCGUCGCUGGCGGCGGCAUGGCGCUCGCAUUGCUGUAGUGGACUUGCGGAAGGCGUACCUUCAGCUCCGGUUGGAUCGGCGGCUGCGACCGUACCAGACGGUGGAGGUGCGAGGUCAGAGAUACUGCCUGACUCGCAUCGGAUUCGGCCUGAGCAUCGCACCGGCUGUCAUGAAGGCCGUGGUAAGAGCCGUCCUGCUCCAGGAUGAAGUGGUGGCCCGAGGAGUGCUGCCCUAUGUGGACGAUCUCCUGGUGGACGAAGAAAUCGUCAGCGCGGACCACGUGGUGGAGCACUUCGCCCGGUACGGCCUGGACUGCAAGCCGCCGGAGCGGGCGGCGGAGGGAGCACGGCUGCUCGGACUGCGG